AUGCCUCCUACCGACUGGUCCUCGACCGCCCGAGCCUUAGCCGAUCAGUUCGAAGACAGAGACAACCACCAUCUCCCCUUCCACCAAAACCCCCGCCGAACCAGCUCGCCCAUCUGGAGCAGACGAUCUCUCGAAUCGCCCAAUACAUCCACCCACGUCCCGCGUCCUCGAACAGUGCGCGACAAAUGGGUCCAAUCCGCCGCAAAACUAAACCGCAAGGCCCUCCAAACAUGGAAUCGCCUCACCUUACUCCAGAAAUCAGCCCUCAUACUCGCCGGCCUAAUCGCCUUCGUCCUCACGCUCCUUGCGCUGAUUUAUAGCGGAAAGAUCUUCGCCUACCUGGCGCCCUCCGCAAAGAGAUGGAGAGAAAUGCCCGCCGGCUGGCUGAUCCUCUGGCUCAUGACCUUCUUCGUCGGCUUCCCGCCUUUGAUCGGGUAUUCCACCUGCGUCACAAUAGCCGGCUUCGUCUUCGGAAUGAAAGGAUGGUUCAUCGUGGCCACAGCCACAGUCCUAGGCAGCACCCUCUCCUUCAUCGUCUCCCGCACCGUCCUCAAGGGCUUCGUCAGCAACAUGGCGGAAAAGAACAAACAAUUCGCCGCUCUAUCCCUCGUCCUCAAACAUGACGGCCUCAAACUUCUCUGCAUGAUCCGUCUCUGUCCUCUACCCUACUCCUUCGCCAACGGCGCCAUUUCGACGAUCCCAACUGUCACUUGGCAGAACUUCAUGCUCGCGACAGCGAUUGCUUCCCCGAAGCUCUUAUUACACAUCUUCGUCGGCGCAAGAUUGGGAGAUAUAGCGGAAAGAGGCGACGAAAUGGAUACCAAGACCAAAAUCGUAAGCUACAUCUCCAUCGCAAUCGGCAUGGGUCUCGGGGGAGCUACAGGCUACAUCAUCUACGCCCGAACAAAAGCCCGAGCAAAAGUUCUCGAAGCGGAAGAAGCGGCCGCAGCGGCCGCUGGUGGUUCACGGAGAACGAGCGAUCAAUCGGGACCAGAUUACGUGGAUGAAGACGAAGACGGGAGACUUGCGCGGGAAGCUUUGCGGAGUAGAGCGAGUGAUAUUUCCUUACGUUCUACAAGAAGAGAUUAUGUCGAUGAUGACGAUGAGGAGGACUUGGGCGCGGAUUUGGAAAGAGGGAUUUAUACCGAUGAAUUUACGGACGACGAGGAUGCGGCGGAACGGGAUGUUUUUGAUGUGGGGGAUGGCGAGACGGAUGAGGAAGGGCUACCUCAGAGAGGAAAGAAAGGCUGA